AAACAAUUAUAAGGAAAAUCACAAGACUUACGGUGCAUUUGGAUAUUGUAAUAUUGAUCAUCCUGAUACCUGUGAUAAUUGUAAAAGUUUAUUUAGUUUUUUUGAUCAAUUAAAAGAACAAUUAGGAUCAGAAUUUAAUGAUAUGCUUGAUAAUUAUCAAAUAAAACUUAUAUCAUAG